AUGGCUGGAUCUGGAUCUGGAGGGGAGGUGAGAGCGCCAAUCUUCAAUGGCGAUAAUUAUGAGUUUUGGAGCAUAAAGAUGAGAACCAUCUUCAGCUCUCAUGGAUUAUGGGAUCUGGUUGAAAAAGGAUUAGAGUGGUCAAAUUCGAAAGGAACUGAUGAUUCUGUUGAAAAGAAGAAGGAAAAGGAAGAAUCAAAGGGAGCUGGUGAAUCUGGUGAGCAGAAGAUGAAAAGGGAUGUUUCAAGUGGUUCUGAAACAGAGAAGCUGAUGAAAGAUGCAAAGGCAUUGGGGCUGAUUCAAGGGGCAGUAUCUAAUGAGAUUUUUCCUCGGAUUUCUCAUGAAGAAACUUCUAAAGGAGCUUGGGAUCUCUUGAUGCAGGAAUUUCGAGGUGACAAACAGGUAAGAAAUGUCAAAUUACAGAGUCUGCGUAGGGAGUCUGAGUAUACUAGAAUGAGAGAUGAUGAAUCUUUGUCUGCCUACAUUACAAAAUUGUUUGAUGUGAUUAACCAAAUGCGUAGCUAUGAAGAGAACAAUAGGCAGCAUAAGAAUUGGAAAUCAAAAGGCAAGAAGUGGGAUAACAAGACAAGUGAAGGCACUAAAACUCCCUGCAAGCACUGUGGUAAGUUACACUUUGGUGAGUGUCGAUUCAAGGACAAACCAAAGUGUUAUAACUGUGAUAAGCUCGGCCACAUUGCAAAAGACUGCUAUAGCAAGAAAACAACACAGCAGGUUAACUAUGCUACUCAAGUGGAAGCUGCACCAACUAUGUUCUAUGCUAGCAAUGCAAUUGGUGCUGGUAUAACAAGGGAUGAAGAAGUUUGGUAUUUGGACAGUGGGUGUAGUAAUCACAUGACAGGAAAAGAGGAUCUGCUGGUGGAUAUUGACAGAAAUGUGACUGCAAAGGUUGAAAUGGGAACUGGGCAACGUGUAGAAGUGACUGGUAAAGUCACACUUGUGGUUGAAACCAAAGUAGGCAAGAGAUAA